CUUCCACUAUAUAUAGAGAUUAAAGAAGCCACCAUUUUUAUACACACACCCAACAGCGAUUCUUGAAAUCAGAUUUCCACCGAACUGUACUAAAAACUAAAAAGCUCCAAGUUUUCCCACUUAGCAGUGAAAAAAAAAAACACAGAGUAAACUGAGAGUUAUGGCUUCCAGAACCGCCGUCAUCGCUUGGGGCUCUGGAGAAGAUGGUCAAUUGGGUAUUGGAAAUAAUGAAGAGAAAGAAUGGGUUUGUACAAUUAAAGCUCUUAAAUCAGAAAAAGUUUCUUCUGUUGUUGCUGGCAGUAGAAAUUCUCUUGCUAUAUGUGAAGAUGGCAAAUUAUUUACUUGGGGUUGGAAUCAAAGAGGGACUUUGGGGCAUCCACCUGAGACUAAAACUGAGAAUAUUCCUAGUCAGGUUAAAGCUCUUGCCAAUGUGAAAAUUGUUCAGGCAGCUAUUGGUGGCUGGCAUUGUUUGGCAGUAGAUGAUCAAGGAAAAGCUUAUGCUUGGGGGGGUAAUGAAUACGGGCAAUGUGGUGAAGAACCGGAAAGGAAAGAUGACACUGGAAGGCCUAUAAAGAGAGAUAUUGUGAUCCCUAAGCGUUGUGCUCCUAAGCUUUCUGUUCAUCAGGUAGCUGCUGGCGGUACACACUCUGUUGUUCUUACAAGGGAAGGACAAGUAUGGACAUGGGGUCAACCAUGGCCUCCUGGUGACAUAAAGCAAAUUUCUACUCCUGUCCGUGUACAAGGUCUUGCAAGUGUGAGGUUGAUUGCAGUAGGAGCCUUUCAUAACUUGGCUCUUCUUGAUGAUGGAGUUCUAAUGGCAUGGGGUAAUAAUGAGUAUGGGCAACUUGGAACUGGGGAUACCCAGCCAAGAUCACAACCCAUUGCCGUUCAAGGGCUAUCUGGUCUCACUUUGGUUGAUGUUGCUGCAGGAGGAUGGCAUUCUGCAGCUUUGACAGAUGACGGAGAGGUUUAUGGCUGGGGAAGAGGGGAACAUGGUAGACUUGGAUUUGGAGAUGACAAAAGUAGUAAAAUGUUGCCGCAACAGGUUCAACUUUUAGCUGAGCAGAAUAUUGUUCAGAUUUCAUGUGGGGGCACACACUCUGUUGCAUUAACGCGUGAUGGUCGAAUGUUUUCUUUUGGGCGGGGUGACCAUGGACGACUAGGAUAUGGUAGAAAGGUGACAACUGGUCAUCCAUCGGAAGUUCCAAUAAAUAUUCCGCCUCCAAGUGAUGUCAGCAGCCCUGAAGGAGGGCGUUGGUGCGCUAAACUUGUUGCUUGUGGUGGCCGCCAUACGAUGGCGAGUGUAGAGUGGCAGACAUUUGAGUCUGAGUAAUCACUUUAAAAGUAUCAGUUUUAAGUCUGAAUUCAGAUGGUAGAUAUCUGGUUCACUGUCACUGUUGUAUGAGAUGGUUGUACUUAUAAAUGUUAUUAUAAAUAUUAUUGAGCAGGCUAUGCAACUGAGGUGGAAAUUA